AUGUGGUUCCAGAAGCAGUUCACCCUCCCCGCCCGCUCCCGUGGCUCCUACCUCAUCACCGACACGGUGCUAAAGGAGCUGCCGGAGAUCAGGUCGUACAAGGUGGGGCUGCUGCACCUUUUCAUCCAGCAUACAAGCUGCGCGUUGAGUUUGAAUGAGAAUUGGGAUGAGGACGUCAGAGCCGACAUGAGCGACACGCUUGACAGGAUAGUUCCAGAGGCAGGGCCGAAUGGCGAAGCUUUGUAUCGGCACGAUGCCGAAGGGCCCGAUGACCUCCCUGCACAUGUCAAGUCUGCCCUGAUCGGAGCAAGUGUGACAAUCCCCAUCAAGGACGGCAGGCUGGCCACCGGGACGUGGCAGGGCAUUUGGUACCUCGAGUUCCGUACCUCGAAGCACACACGCAAGAUAGUAGCCACCAUCCAGGGCGAAAAGGCAUGA